AUGCGUGAAGAGUCUGGUGGGCCAAUGCGUCAAACUGUGGUUAGAGAGAGCUGGGGUGCAGACGUCAGACAGCAGACGGUGGUGGAGGUGUUUGGGGUGGAGAGGACGGUGGACUCAGUGGAGGACAUCCCAGCCACUUGGCAGUGUUGACACUGCUACUUCCUACCUGAUGGGUAAGUGGACAUCACUUCUACUUAUACAAUCAAUCAAGCAAAAUUAUAUAUGGCCUUUUUCUUGUCACAAGGUGCUUUUACUAUAACCCGGCCUACACCAGGGGAACCCGGGACAUACAGGGCACCACUGCUCCUGCCAUCUCUUUCACCCUUUGUGAUGUCAUAUCCUCUUCCUGUUUAGGCACGCUGACAGCUGAGUGCAGGUGGGCUCUCCCAUCAACAUGAGGCUCCUGCUGCUCCUGCCGGAAAUACACACAGGUACACACAUACACAGGUACACAGACACACUAUUAGGAAUGUUCCUCUAUUUACAUGUAUGUGUGUUGUGUGUCAGAGUUGAGGGAUGAUAAGCCAGUGUUUGAGAAGAGGUGUCUGGUGUGGGAGGAGGACAUGCAGAUGCACUCAAAGUUCCUGGACAGAAUGGUGACAUAUUAGUAUUUUCCCUUCAGCCUACCAUUACCCCCUACUCUCACCUAGCCCCUUACUCUUAAACCACUAACGCCUAAGUUUCCAACAUGACCUGACGUGUGUGUGUGUUACAGGACAAGUUUAAGGAGGAGCAUGCCUCGUACAUGCGGCAGCACCCGGAGCUCCACGCCAUGAUGGCCAACUUCUUGCAGUUCCUGUUACUACAGAAACCGAGUGAUGUCUUCAUGUUCAUCCGCGAGGACUUCUCUCCAUUCACCUCCCGCCGACCCCCGGGGGUCACCUUCAACACCUCCUCACCUUGA